CACAAUUGAAUUAUGGAGUCUACAGCAGAGGAUCGGGCAAGACUAGCCCAUAAAAACCGAUGGCGCACAGUAGCCAACAACCCCAAGCUGAUCGUGAUCGCUCUUUUUGCAUCUUUCGGUGGCUUCGAGUACGGCUACCAGCAAGGUGUCCUCGGCCAAUCCCUGGUGAUGACUCGAUUCAAGGAUAACUUUCCCUCGGUUGUGCAGUCAACCGGUGCAACAGGCUGGUUAACCUCGAUUCUUCAGCUGGGGGGCGUGCUUGGUUCUCUGACGGCUGGUGUGUUGGGAGAAGUCAUCUCGAGAAAGUAUACCAUGUUUUCUGCUUGCUGCUGGGUUAUUCUCGGGAGUUAUCUGUAUUGCGGUGCGACGCAUCAUCAGCCUGCAUUGCUUUAUGUGGCCAGGUUCUUCACAGGAAUUGGGGUCGGGACGUUCAGCGGUGUUGGCCCGUUGUACAACGCCGAACUAUCAGCCCCAGAGCUCCGCGGAUUCCUCGUCUCAUUCUACCAAUUCUGUACGAUAUUGGGCAUCAUGCUUUCGUUCUGGAUCGGCUAUGGCAGCAAUUACAUCGGUGGUCCCGGCGAGAACCAGAGUAAUCUAGCCUGGAUGCUACCGUCCAUCAUUCAAGGCAUCCCAGCUGUCCUUCUUGCAUUGGGGAUCUGGUGGCUCCCAUUUUCGCCCCGGUGGCUAGCCAGCCAAGGCCGUGACGAGGAAGCCCUGAAGACGCUUUCCUAUCUGCGGAAUCUCCCCGAGCAGCAUGAUCUCAUCCAGCUGGAGUUCAAAGAAAUCAAAGCCGAAUGCUUGUUCGAGCAGCGCGUCUUCGAGAAGAACUUCCCCAAUCUAGCGACGCAAGGAAAACGGAGUGUUUGGACUCGGGAAUUGGUGCAGUAUUACAACAUUGUCAGGACAAGAGAUAACCUGAAGCGGGUCGCAACGGCCUGGCUCAUCAUGUUCUGGCAGCAAUGGUCGGGUGUUGAUGCGAUUAUCUACUAUGCAAGCAAUGUGUUUGAAAGUCUGGGCUUGACAGGUGGUACGCAGGCAUUGCUGGCUACCGGCGUGACGGGCGUGGUGUUCUUUGUUAGCACCAUUCCUGCAAUGCCGAUUAUCGACAAGGUAGGACGCAAGACGAUGCUGUAUGCCGGGUCGACGGUCAUGCUGGCCUCCAUGGUCAUCGCGGCUGCGAUUGUCGCCGUCUACCAGCAUGACUGGGAAUCUCAUGUCGCGGCGGGAUGGGUCGCCGUGGCCUUCAUCUGGGUCUACAUCGGUGCCUUUGGGGCGACCUGGGGCCCGACAAGCUGGGUACUAGUAGCAGAGAUAUUCCCAUUGUCUAUACGAUCCAAAGGCGCUUCGAUCGGCGCCUCUAGCAACUGGCUGAAUAACUUUGCGGUUGCGUUUUACGUCCCGUCGAUGUUUAAGACACUCGAGUGGGGAACUUAUAUUUUCUUCGCGGGUUUCCUAGCUGCCAGUAUUGUCUGGAUCUAUUUCUUUCUGCCGGAAACAAAAGGCGUGAGUCUGGAGGAGAUGGAUCGUGUGUUUGGGAGUCAUUCGGGUGCGGAGGAUAUGCAGAUGCUCGAACAGGCGCGACAGGACGUUGGUUUAUACCCGGAGCUUGUGCAUGGUGCACUCAAGGGCAAGGGGUCUAUAUAUGAAGUUGACCUGGAAGACAAAUCACAGCUUUAACGUGGUUUGGCAAGGCCAUGCAUGUCUGAUGUGCGUGAUGGUACUAUAAGUACUCACAGCUAUACUUUGCUGCCUGUAUUUAUGUAUAGAGAUAUACUAUACCUAAAUGGCUACCAUACGGCAAUCAUCAUGACGAGAUCAUGAUAAUUUAGGCAGAUGGUGCCUGAACCAUUAUAGUUUAGAUUUCUUUCUCGCAUCUCCAUCUAUCUUGCAACUCUUUC